UAAUUUCCUGCCGACGCCCACGACGCCGCCUCGCACCCACCUUCUACCCUCUUCUCUCUCUCGUUCUUCUCCGCCUGCCUGCUGCUGUUCUCCAUCGUCGCUGUUGCAACUGCGCCGGAGGUGGUCGCCGCGGCCGCCGCUGCCUCGUUGGGGGUUGCCACGCGCGGUCGUCAUCUUCGGUCAGCCGUAAAGGUUCCACCUUUCCUCGCAAUAAAGGGAGUUCUUCUUUUCAGCUUGCACGCUACGCGGCCUCCCUUUUCCGUUGUGUCAACCGCUAUAACAGCCUCUGAAGUACUCCUUUUGACCCUAGGGAUCCGGAUAGCUGAUAAGCAAAGAUUACGGCUGCCGAAACCGCCGAAAGUAGGCACACAGCGGGACGGUCUCUGCUGUCCAAUUGAUUGCUUGGAAGCAGUGAAUCCUUAACGUAUUCCUCCCGUUAAAUAAAGUCUCGCCCUCAAUUCCUUCCAAAGUUUGGAUCGAAGGUCGAGAUUUACCUUCGGAGGGAGAGAGAUGGAGAAGCAUAGUCAAAGGCCUGAACCAAAAAACCUCAACAGUGUAUGGCGAUUCUUGCGUAGGUGCCUUUUCUCGGUGCUCUCCUUUGGUCCAAUGCCCAAGCAUAUUGCAUUUAUCAUGGAUGGUAACCGUAGAUAUGCCAAGAAAAUGCAAAUCAAAGAAGGCUCUGGCCACAAUGUAGGCUUCACAUCCCUUGUUUCUAGUCUCCAAUACUGCUAUGAAAUGGGUGUCAAGUAUGUGACAGUGUAUGCUUUCAGUAUUGAUAACUUUAAGCGAAAACCAGAAGAGGUCGGAUCCCUUAUGCAUUUGAUGAAGGAAAAGAUUGAUCAACUUUUGGAGGAAGAGAGCAUUGUGCAUAAAUUUGGGUUGAAGCUCAACUUUUGGGGAAGCUUGGACCUCUUGCCUGAGCCAAUACGGUCUGCAGCUGAGAAGGCCAUGGUACACACUGCCAAUAACACUGGGCCCGUUCUUUCAAUUUGUGUGGCAUAUACUUCUACAAAUGAAAUUUUACGAGCCAUCAACAAAUCUUGUGCGCGAUUUGAAGACAAGACAGGAGAAGGCUCAGAUCCUGCUAAUUCUAUUCUUGUCACCGACUUAGAGGAGAACUUAGACAGUGCUAGCUGUUCGGAACCUGAUAUUGUAAUCAGAACGUCAGGGGAGACUCGGUUGAGUAAUUUCCUUCUCUGGCAGAGCACUUUUAGUCAUUUACAGUCCCCGAACCUUUUUUGGCCUGAAUUCUCUCUUAGACACCUAAUUUGGUCUGUUUUAGAGUACCAAAAGGUUUACCCUUACUUAGAAGCAAGGAGAAAACUGUGCCAGGAAAGUUAGAUAUUAUAUCCUGGAAAAUGUGGUGCAUAGGAUGAACAUCAACAUCAAUUGGGAGAGUUGGAGCUGAUCUACCCUUUCUAUAAAGGCUGGUUGCUUGCCUGGUACUCUGAUCUUUUUUUCAUCCUAAAGAAGUCCAAGAAAUACUUAAUUUUAUGGUCAAGCUGGAGCAGAAAGAAAGAAAAAAUCUAUAAGAUUUCCAGUGAAACAGCCUGUAGAGUUUUCUUCACUGAUGAAGUGGCAUCUUUUUUCCCUUUAGCAUCUCUUUGUAAACUAUUGUCCGAGUCGUUGGCUUCACCAGUCGUAUAUUCUUCUUUUAAUUGUUAGUGUUCGGUGAAAGAUUCCAUGCUACUUGUGAUGAUUUUAAAGAUAGAAAGGUUAAUUUUUGUUCACGUUCUGGCCGAUCAUGCUUGGCUGGUCACAUUGAAAUAUGUGCUUGACAGCUCUAAUCAUAUGGAUAUCUGACACUUUCAUUAUCUAGUUGGAAAAUAUUUAUCAUCUUA